UAGCAUUUCAACCCACGCUUUCCUUCCAUGAGUUAACACAAGCCAGAUUCAUAAUAUAUAUAAAUAGAACGACGCAUGAUUUACCAUUAUAUACCUCAAAUCAUCUUUCAUCCAAUAUAGGCCAACAUGGCGGGCCUUCUAAAUGGUGCUGCCUUAUCUGCAAUAGAAAGCAUUAUCAAGGAGCAAGUAGAAUCGAAGCUUUUAAAUCUCGAUCCCGAUCAAGUAAUUAAAACCCUACUACGAAGGCAAGACAGCGAAGAUCUUCGCCAGAGAAUACUCAGCCAGCUAGAUAAAGACGGCCUAAUGGAUAUGAUCGAAGCGAGGGAGGACUCUAACACUAUCUAUGUGGAUAUACUGAAGAGGAUUCUAUCCAAGGUACCCACGCCGAGCCAUAUUGAGCAGGAGCAUUCCAGAAACAACACUUCAAUUAGCGAAGCGGAUCCCCCAGAAGCCAACAUCAAUGCUGUCCAGACAUCCCCGUCUAACGAAUUAACUGUGCCCCAGGCAAUACAAAUCCCCGGUGAGAAGGGGCAUUCCUUCGUAAGCUCUCCAAAGUAUUCUAAUACCGAUAUGUCGGCUGGAUCUGCAGACCAUAUAUUCGCGGCUGAGGAGAACAGUGAUAGUAAUAUCUAUGACUACACUGCAUCUGGCUUGGCAUUCGAGCCUCAAAUACCUCACCUAGAUGCGUGGGUCCCGAUGUUCAUGAGCGAAGACGAAUUCUACCGCAGUGGACCAAGUGUCGAAGAAAUUCGGUCAACGGUGGAUAUGGGAGGGAUAUCCGAUCGCUUCUUCAUAUUCAUCAAGCUAUUAAACCCACCCUAUCUAUGCUGUCGUGCUGAGCAAUAUAUACGUUGGGCAGGAUCAGAUCGUACAUAUGUCCUCCCUAAAUUAGACACUACACCAGACAUAGUAAAGGCGUGGAAUAAGGCAACCAAUCCACGAAUAAGCUAUAUAGCUAAGGCAUUGGUAGCUGUCAAAUGCUACGAGAAGUCUAUAGAAGUGAAAAAUACCAACUAUCAUGAGCACCAGUCUUCAGCUGAUUCUUCGACUGAUUCAAAAUCCAUUGAGAAGGAUACAUCCCAAUGCAUACUCCCGGAGCUCCUUCGGGCGGAACCAAAGAAAACACAUGUCAAUGAACAAAAAUGGCCAAAUAUAAUUGAGUAUGGAAAGAGACUUUCAUCUCUCUUGGAAGAUUUCGGAGGGCAGCCAUUUCUCUCUCUGUUCCCCUUAUCAGAGCUCAAUUGGCACAUAGGCUAUAAGGCAUUAGUCAAUGAUGAAGCCAUCCAGCACGUUUGGGAGCCCCUGAACACCUUCAUGAAACAAACAGGGUUAGGCCAGUUUUUCCGUUCAUUAUCGCACGCAGUUGGUGACAUACUGCAUCGCAAAUUUCUAGGGGAAGAUACCUCAUCCUUUGACUUCAGGGAUCGGUUGGCGUUAGUCUUUGACGAGUAUUCUUUAAAAGGGAUACUUUCGUGCUCCCCACGACCGAGUUUAUUACCCUUGUCUAUCGCACCAAGUUUGGCAUCGCUUGUCUAUUGCGGACGAGUGACAAGCCUUACACAGCUAAAUUCGGAGUCAUCACUCUCGCCGAAAUCGUUGCUUGGACUUGUGGACGGAGUAUUAGAUGAAGAUAUAAUUCGGCAUUUGAUACAGCAGAGAUUGCCAAAUGACUGGGCUAUCCUAGGGAGAAGCGAGAUGUCGAAAGUUGCAAGUGAGGACUUGUUACUACACAGCUUCCGAGGAAUUAUCAUUCCCCUAUGCAUAGACGAUGGAUGGGUUCUUAUCUGCUAUGAAAACCCAAGGCAUACCAAGGUUUCCUAUCCCAUUACAAUUAUCAAUCCCACAACCAGUGAUUACAGAUUCCAAGCAGUUCUAUAUUUACUUUCGAAAUGGAUACCGGAGCGGGAGGAUUGGAUUCCCAAGGACAUCACGGUACAACACGCCAAGAACGUCAAAUACCAAGCAGCAUGUGAGAGAGAUAGCGGAGUACAUAUUGUGCUCAGUGCAAUAGCUAUGGCUAAUUCAGGGGUUCCAGAGACUCGACCACUAGAUAGGAAAGUGUGUAGGGCACUCUGUAUGAGAUAUUUUAUUACCACGCUGAACGAAGUGCAGCAAGCGGUUUCCAAAGCAGCCAGAAAGCGUGCUGGGGAGGGUAGAGUUUAG